AUGGCGCAACAAGACGCCCAUCAGGUCCUCCAGCUCGUUCAGAGACUGGAGGCCGCACAGAAGAAACAGGUCAAGCGAGCGUUCAGCUGCAAGAAGUCGACCUUCUCUGUCACCGGGUCAGAUAUCACUGUCGACUCGUGGCGGUUCCAGGACUGGGACUACAAGAAGGGCGGACUGCCCACCUACGCGCGAGGCCUGUUCACGACCGUCAACAGAGCUGGAAAGCCAGAGAUUGCAGUCAGAGGAUACGACAAGUUCUUCAAUAUCGAGGAAGUCAACUCUACCAGAUGGAGAAAUAUCGAAGAUAAUACCCGUGGGCCGUAUGAGUUGAGCGUUAAGGAGAAUGGAUGCAUCAUCUUCAUCUCUGGCCUGGAGGACGGUACACUGCUGGUCUGUAGUAAGCAUUCCACCGGCUCGCGUCAGGAUAUGGAGAUGAGCCAUGCAGAGGUUGGUCGUGCCUGGGUCAAGAGACAUGUCGAGUCUGUUGGCAAGACGGAGCGGGAUCUCGCCACGGAGCUACGGAGUAUGAAUGCUACGGCUGUGGGUGAGCUGUGUGAUGACAGCUUCGAGGAGCAUGUCCUUGCUUAUUCGGAAGAAGAGUCUGGAAUAUACUUGCACGGCAUAAACUACAACCUGCCUGAGUUUGCAACCGUCAGGAGCUCUGAUGUGCAUCGCUUUGCGGACACAUGGGGGUUCAAAAAGGCACAGUUCCUCGUAAAAGAUGAUAUCACCUCUGUCAGGGAGUUCCUCGAAGGCUGUGCAGAGACAGGUUCCUGGGACGGGAGAGACACUGAAGGGUUUGUGAUCCGGUGUCAGAUGCGAGAGUCCAACGCGCUGCCCUACCAGGACUGGUUCUUCAAGUACAAGUUCGAGGAGCCGUAUCUGAUGUACCGCCAAUGGCGGGAGGCGACCAAGAAGCUGAUCUCUGGGAAAGUCCCUACGUUCAGGAAACACGUCAAGAUAUCAGAGGAGUAUCUAAAAUAUGCUAGAAAACAGCUCGCAAAGGACCCCAAGUUGGGCAAACGAUACAACCAAAAUCAUGGUAUCAUCGCCAUGCGCGACGGUUUCUUAAAAGAACGGGGCCUCAAGGGCUCUGAGAUUAUAGCUAUGGAAGCAGCUGAGGGAGAGGAGCUUUGUGUCCCUCAGGACAAGGACUUCGUCCUGGUGCCUAUCGCUUCAAUCGGAUGUGGCAAGACGACUGUGGCUGUCGCUCUCGUCAAACUGUUCGGAUGGGGUCAUUUCCAAAACGACAACGUUGAGGGCAAAGGAAACAGACCUAAGCGGUUCGUCCAGGGACUAAUCGCAGACCGCAACAACCACCAGAAGCGCGAGAGGGAGCAGCUUUUCACCGAUAUGCAGGCCCUCGUUCCGGACGCCCACUUCAUUGCCCUUCACUGGGUUCACGAGCCGAAGAAGUCGAUGCUGGACGAUAUCCGACGGGUAACGCAGCAGCGAGUGCUGGACCGGGGAGAUAACCACCAGACCAUCCGAGCAGGCAGCAAGAGCGAAAGCGAGAUCCUACAGAUAAUGGAAGGAUUCCUGCGUCGAUUUGAAGCUGUUGACACCGGCCGUGAGCCAGACAGCCAAUUUGAAGGAGUGAUCGAUCUAGACGUCGCAGCGUCUUCGAGAGAGAAUCUAGAGACCAUCGUAGACUACUUUUACGCCAAUUAUCCCAAGCUGAUGAAGAGGGAGAAGCCAGACGCCUCGGAGCUCGAUGCAGCUAUCAAAGAAGCGAUGGAGGGCUAUACCGUCGACAUCAAACACGAUCUUAGCUUCCAAGGCAAAUCCAAAGGACAACAGCAGCCUCCGCAGCACCAGAAUCAACAUCAGAAGCUACAGACGCCAGACCAACUGGUCAAAAAGAUAGAAUACUUCAACAUCUCCGUUCCCUCUGCCCCAAUCAAAUCAACCCUCGCUUCCAUCUUCGACGCGUCCCCAUCAUCGGACUACUCUCAUCUCUACCGCCUGCUCACCAACUCCCGCCGCAUCCAGCCCUCGUUCCACGUAACUCUCAUCCACCGCGCCUCCAGCGCCGACCAGCCUGACACAUGGCGCACAUACACAGACCUGUACAAACAAGCCAUCGCUAACCAGGCAGCGUCGUCAUCCGCGCCCUCGAGCACAGGCUCAAACUCAGGCGGAGGAGGCUCGGGCGUGGUCUCAGCCACCGUUACAGGAACACCCACGCCAAGACUAGGAACAGCAUCCGUCCGCCUCGAAACUCUCGUAUGGGAUAAGCGCAUCAUGGCUAUUGUUGCACGUAUUUUGCCUGGCCCGACGGCCACGGGGGUGGCGGCGGCGUCGGCGACGCUAGGGGAGGCUGAAGAAGGAGAGUUAUUACCAACGUGGCCUUGUGCGAAUGAGAUUGCGCAUAUUACGAUCGGAACGGCGAAUGCGAGUGUCAAGCCGAAGGAGAGCAACGACCUGUUGAAGCGAUGGUUGGAAAUGGGUGCGGGCGAACAGAGUGGGAUUUGGGAGGCGAGGAUUCCUUCUGUAAAGGUUGUGGAGGGUGUCGUGGGGGUUGUUAUGCGUAGGUAG